AAUUAUCGCGCUGAAAACAAACACAAUUGAUUUUGUUUUCCUUUAAUUUAGCUUCCACACUCUUUACAUACGUGAGAUUUAUUUUUAGUUAUGUUUUUUAAGUUUCGUGGUUACACUUCGAUCAUGAUAGUUACUAGCAGUGCAGCCAGUAGGCUUUCACUGAAGUAUCUUCUUUGUCUCGCGCGUCUAAAGACACUGAAGCGCGUGUCGAAAUUGAUGUAAUCGACAAUCAUAAAACCCCCGGAAAUACAUGUAAUUUCGUAUUUGAUUCUGUUGCCAAAAGUUUGGACAUUUUAUAUAAAUUUGUAUUUAAAAAAAAAAAAACGUAUAAAGACAAGAUUAUUGGAUGAAAAUAGAUUCUUUCAAACUCAAUGAUCCAUCCCAUCACUAGUUUACCGUUAAAAUAACCAAAAGCGACUUAAAUAUAGAAAAACAAUAUAUAAGCUGUAACCGCAACACACGCACUGUACCCUAAAACAUCGUUUGAACGGCAAUUAUUCAACAGCAAACAUCUGCGAUGGAUUCAAAGAAAGAUGCUAACGGCGUGGAGGAAGUGACAGGCAGUAGUGAUGAAGACCUUAAUGUUUCUGAUGAAGAAAGUGUGGACACCACAACAGAGUAUAUGUUCAUUGAUGGUCUUGACCCCGUUCUGGAUCGACCAUCAACUGACAUUGACUCUCUAGAGGAGGACUGGGAUUCAGAUGCCAGCUUACAGCAGAGAAAACGAUUCCGUCUGUCAUCCACAUCUGUUGACCCUGCUGCUGAAGGAAGUGGCGAUUCCUUGUCAGAGGUUUUCUCUGGGGUCUCUAAAGAAAGGUGGCAUAGCACAGAUGAGGAUGACGUUGAACCACCUCUUCCAGUCUUCUCACCUGUCCAAACACCUGGACCAAAGCGUUUACCCAAGUCAUGCAGCAGUCCUCUGCAGUUUUUUGAACUGUUCUUUUCAAAAUUCCUGAUGCAAAAAAUUGUAGGGUACACAAAUAUCUAUGGCACUAAGUGCAAGGAUAGAAAGAGAGAGAUAUGGCACUACGUUUGUGUGAAUGACUUGAAGUCAUUCAUAGCAAUUGUAAUUUAUAUGGGUCUGGUGAAGUGCUCUUCACUGAAAGACUAUUGGAGGGAGUCAGAGUACUUCAGUCUGUCCUUUCCUGCACAAAUCAUGUCUUACCAGAAAUUCCAGGCAAUCUCCAGUGCUCUACAUCUAAGUAAUACCAAGGAAGAUGAGAGGAAUGAUUUGAAGAGGGGAACAUCAACCUAUGAACGGCUGGGUAAAAUUCAGUCGCUAUAUCAAAUCAUUAGAGAUGUCUGCAAGAUCUAUUUUCAUCCCUUUCAAAACAUCACCAUAGAUGAAAGAAUGGUGACAUCACAGGCUAGAACGGGACUCAAACAAUGCAUGAAAAAACAGUCUACAGAUAGGGGGUACAAGCUCUUUGUCCUGGCAGACUGCAGCAGUGGCUAUGUUUGGGAUUUCUUUGUUUACGAGGGAAAGUCAAGUGCAUCACAGAGUGAGGGGCUGAGUUAUGAGUCAGUGAUGGCAUUGGUGGAUGAAAAUAUGUUGGGCACUGGAUACAAGCUUUUUGUUGACAAAUUUUACACAAGCCCCACUCUCUUCAGAGACCUCCUCUGUAAAGAUAUCUGGGCUUGUGGCCCUAUUUGGGCAAACAGGAUAGGUUUCCCAAAAAACACUGUGAACAGAUUGCCAUGGAACACACCACGUGGCAGCAUACGUUGGAUUAGGGACAACGAGCUGCUGUUUGUUGAGUGGAAAGAUGCACGGGAAGUGCAAAUGUGUUCCUCCUACCAUAAAGCCUAUGGAGGCGACACUGUGCCGAGGAAGGUGAAGGGAGAAGAUGGACUUCGGACCCUUGUUGAUGUCCCCAUCCCAGCUGCAGUGUUGGACUACAACAGUGGAGCCAAUGAAUCAUUUGAAGCUUAUUCCAGUUGAAGACAUCUUAUCAAACUAGUGAGCAGUGACGAGGAACACUUUGAUAAAUCUGACCAAGAAAGUAUGGACAGCACAGCAAUUCUAUUCUAGAUUGGCUUUCAACAGACAAAGACUCAAGGAAGACUGGGAUUUAGAGGCCAGUGGACCACAGAGGAUGAGAUCCUAUUGGUCUUCCACAUCAGUCCAAACACAAAACUUUAAAACACAUGAGUCCUCAAGAGGAGGCACACUCUCCUGCCAAAUUAUGUGGCAGUAAGAGAGAGACAAAGUCUGGAAUCUCAAAGGAGAGAUGGCAAAGUGUAGAUGAGGAAGAUGUUGAACCACCUCAUCAUGCCUUUACACCUGUCCAAACACCUGGGCCAAUGUGUGCAUCCAUUUUAUAUAGCAGUCCUUUGCAGUUUUUUCAACUGUUCUUUUCGAACUCUGUGCUGCAGACAAUUGUAAAGCACACAAAUACACACAGUGCCAAAUGUCCACAGUACAAGCAGUGGCAGGACAUUUCUGUGAAAGACUUGAAGUCCUUCCUGGCACUUGUUCUUUACAUGGAUCUGGUGCAGUGCUCUUCAUUGAUGGACUGUUGGAGGAAGUCCUGGUUCACUAUUCUAUUUCCUGGAACGAUCAUGUCUUGCAGGAGAUUUCUAUCAAUCUCCAAUGCUCUUCACCUCAGUGAUCCCAAGGAAAAUGAGGAGAACACUAAAAAAGUGGGAACUUUAUCUUAUGAUUGCCUGGGUAAAGUCAAACCACUGUACCAAGGCUUUAGGGAGGCCUGUAAAACCUGUUUUCUCAAAACGUCAAAAGUAAUGAAAGAAUUGCCACAGCACCGCUUUAAAUGGGACCCGAGGAGUUCACGCAAAACCGAUCUGCAAAUAUGGAGUGCACACUGUUUGCACUGGCAGACUGAAGUAGUGGCUAUCCAUUAUGGCAUUGGUGGAAGAACACUUUUUGGGCACUGGUUACAGGCUGUUUGUUGAUGACUUACACCAGCCCAAAUUUCUUCAGGGACCUACUCAGUAAAAAGACCUUUGCUUGUUGCCCUGUUUAGGCAAACAGGGAAGGGUACCCCAAAACAACUGGAAACAGAAUGUGAAGCGAUGCACCACACAGCAAAGUACAUUGUAUUUGGGACAACGAACAUCUGCUUAAGUGGAACGACAAGCAGACUGUGCAAAUGUGCUCCACCUUCAAUAAAUGUGGUGACACUGUGUUGAAGGUGAAUGGACAUGCCGGAUGUCAAACCAUUGAGGAUGUCCCCUUACCAGCUGUGAUGUGGGACUACAACAGGAACAAUUCAAUUAAUGGAUAUUACAAAGUUCUCCAUGAAGCAAGAGAUUGGUACCAGUUAAUUUUUUAUCACUUGUUGGACGUGAUGUCCAUAGGUAAUGCAUUUAUCUUGCAUGCACUGAUGGCCAAGGCAAAGAACAGGAAGGCUUCAUCUUGGACAGCAUUCCUGGAGACACUUGUUUUUGAGUUUACAGAAGGGGCUUCUCAAAACAUGGCUGGCUCGGUGCCAGUUCCCUCAGAUUCUCCUUCAUGUUUUCCACCCACCAGUGUACAAAACAAAGCAGAAGUGCUGGCUCUGCCAUCAGAAAAACCAAAUCACAUGAGAGAAAUGUGAUGUGCCAUUGUGCCUUCAGCGCAAGAGAAAUGUGGCAUGAUUUUAUUAGUAGUGACAGAUGGCUAAAAUGUAAUAAAGUGUUUUAUUUUUACCAGUACUAACUACUACGUGUUAUCACAGUUGCGCAAGUCUUCAAAUAUGUGUUAACACUGCGUAUAGUGUAACAGGUGUGGUUUGGGUUGUAUUUGUGUGUGUGUAAAGUACAUAUACAUUUGCACGUGUCCCUAUUGUGUCUAUACUGUAAAAUCUUGGCUUGAAUUUGUUAGUUUUUUGUUUUGUGGUACAUUGUCCAUUUGGAAUCUCAAAUGGCCUUUUAAAUAAGACUGCCUUACAUGAAAUCUGCAAUAACUCAUAUUUGAACCAAAAUAGCAGGCUGGCUGCUUUGACUCAAUCGUGUUUCUGGGCUCAUAGGUAUGGCGCACUGAAAGUGAAGAUGUAUUUGAUUGCAUAGGCAUAGGAUUGGUUAUUGAUAUCCACCAAGUAUUGGUCCCAUUGCAUAGAGGCACAAAGUCUAUUUCAUGAUCAUUCAUCUCUGUUCCUCUGUGGUGGAGCUUUCAACCUCCACAAGAUCUGCUGAAACUAUCUCAACAUUCAAGAACCAGCUGAAAAGACAUCUGUUCCGAGAGCUCUUAACCAAUCCACACUAAAUGUACUUAAUAUUUAAAUUAAUAUUCCGG